AGACAAUCCUAAUCAAAACGUUUUUCUUCUUCGUGUCUCCCGAUUUUUGUAUAACUCCCUCUCUCUGCGCUAUCCGCAUUCCCCACUGCUGUGCCAACGACGGAGUCUACGUUCGCUUAUGCUUUUACCUUCCUUCUCCUUUCACGUUGUAUGAGCUUCGAGUUUUAGAAUUGGUGUUUGUGCUUCAGAGGAUUCGAGCUCACGGCGUUUGUUCAAUCGUACUCCGUCCUGGCCUGCACACCGCACGUAUCAACGAAGAUGUUUAAGGAUUCUGUACGCCGUGUCCCUUCGGUGGCAGCGCAUCGCCUUCAGUUCCUGACGCGGAUAGUAGACGCGUGCAUCGGGCCACUCGCUGUGUCUUUUGCAGCAACUGAAACAUCGAAAAGCGCUUGCUGUGACGACGUAAACCCGCCCUUUCUGCACACACUAGUUUGAUGUUUCUGUGGGUUACGUUCCACUGCGCGGGCUCCCUCUCUCUGCGCUAUCCGCAUUCCCCACUGCUGUGCCAACGACGGAGUCUACGUUCGCUUAUGCUUUUACCUUCCUUCUCCUUUCACGUUGUAUGAGCUUCGAGUUUUAGAAUUGGUGUUUGUGCUUCAGAGGAUUCGAGCUCACGGCGUUUGUUCAAUCGUACUCCGUCCUGGCCUGCACACCGCACGUAUCAACGAAGAUGUUUAAGGAUUCUGUACGCCGUGUCCCUUCGGUGGCAGCGCAUCGCCUUCAGUUCCUGACGCGGAUAGUAGACGCGUGCAUCGGGCCACUCGCUGUGUCUUUUGCAGCAACUGAAACAUCGAAAAGCGCUUGCUGUGACGACGUAAACCCGCCCUUUCUGCACACACUAGUUUGAUGUUUCUGUGGGUUACGUUCCACUGCGCGGGCCCCCGACAACAAUAAUGUCGACAACGAAGCGCAAUUCUAUGGCGACAAGCAAGAGAACCCUCAGGAGGCCCACGAGAUGGAGGAGGACAACGGAGAGGAGGUGACGGUGGAUGACAAGCUGAACCUCAUGUCGCAGGACGCAUGGCCGCUCUAUCGCUACCGGUGGUGGCUGCGUGAGUACUUCUCGGAGUUCUUCGGCACCUUCUUCCUGAUCUCCUUCGGCGACGGUGUCUGCGCCACGAUGCUGUUCCACGCCGGCGACACCGCUGCCAGCCAGACCAACGCGAGUUGGCUCGGCAUUACCUUUGGCUGGGGCAUCGGGCUUACCAUCGCACUCUACGUGAGCAUGGGCGUCUCUGGCGGGCACUUGAAUCCCGCGGUGACCUUGGCGAACUGCGUCUUUGGUGCGUUUCCGUGGAGGAAGGCCCCCGGGUUCAUUCUUGCCCAAAUCCUUGGCGGCAUGGUGGGCGGCGCCAACGUGUACGCGCUCUUCAAGCCGUUCUUUGACAAGGGGGAGCAGAACCUGCUGCCCGGCGAGACCAUGACCACGAAGUACGGCGGCAUCUUCUGCACCUACCCCGGCGUGCCGAACGGGUACGCCGUGUGGAGUGAGCUGUUCAACACGAUGGCGCUGAUGAUGGGCAUUCUUGGCAUCAACGAUGACCGGAUGACGCCCGCCAUCAACUUCAAGCCCUGCGCGGUGGGUGCGCUGGUCUUCUGCAUCGGUCUCACCACCGGUGUGAACUCCGGCUAUGCCAUCAACCCGGCGCGUGACCUUGGCCCGCGUAUGAUCACGGGAAUGCUGUGGGGCUCGGACCCGUUCACCGUCCACCACCACUACUUCUGGAUUCCGAUGUUCUGUCCCGUCUUCGGCGCCAUUAUUGGUGCGUUCUUCUACGUUCUCUUCAUCGUCCCCAAGGGCGUUUAG